AUGUCGCUUGGAAAGCCAAACCUUGGAAUCCCAGAAAACCCCGAAUAUGAUAAAAACGAAGCGCAGAACGCUUCUCCUUUCGACCCGGUCCCCCACCAUGACGAGUCACAUGCUGGCCCGUACGGCGUAGAAGCUCCACCAGAUUGGAACUUUGUGGUGACGGUUACCGAAGUCACUGUAACCGUGAAGGCAGAUAGUGGAGGCGAGGUAAAUGCCAAGAAGGAGGAUCAUGAAUAG